UUAGCAACAACGAUCGAAAUUAAAACCUUAAAAACACACACAAAAAAAAAAAAACGAAAAUUAUUUGAUUUAUCAAGUAUUUGAAGCCCCCAAGAUUUAAAAAAUCUCGGGGCUUUCUUAUUUUCUUUUUUAAUUUGGUGAAAUUAGUCAGUUUGUUUUGGGGUUUUAGCAGUAAUUGAAUAAAGGAAAGGAAAAAUGGUGAGUGUAAUGAGGAGUUGCAUUCAGUCAAUAUUGAAGUUAGUGAAUUGUUUGAUAGGAAUGGUUGGUAUAGCAAUGGUGUUGUAUUCAAUUUGGCUUAUUAGAGUGUGGGAAAGAGAAAUGGGUGGUUUUCCAUUUUUUGAAGAUGAUGAUGACUUUACUCCAUGGUUCAUUUACACAUUUCUUGGCCUAGGUGUCGCUUUGUCCGUGAUCACAUGCUUUGGUCAUAUUGCUGCUGAAACUGCAAAUGGUUACUGCCUUUAUCUAUAUAUGUUAUUUAUAUUCUUACUCCUCAUGCUGGAAGCUGGAGUUACUGCUGAUGUAGUUUUAAACCGUGACUGGGAAGAGGACUUCCCAAAAGACCCAAGUGGGAGUUUUGAUCAGUUCAAAGGUUUCGUUAGAUCAAACUUUGAGCUCUGCAAAUGGAUAGGCUUAUCAAUUGUGUUUGUUCAGGGAUUGUCUUUUCUAGUAGCAAUGAUACUCAAGGCUAUUGGGCCCCAUCCAUCUUAUGACAGUGAUGAUGAUUAUGCUUCAGAUAGGGCUCCACUUCUGAAGGAUGUUGUUCAUCCACCUCCCUAUGCUGUUGGUAACCCUGUCAUGGGAUCCAGAAAUAAUGCAUGGAGUAUAAGGAUUACCGAGAAGAUGAAUCAGGCAAGCAGGUGAUAGCUUUUCACAAGGCCAGGACCUUGCAUUUGGAAGGAUCAGGAAGUGAUAUGUCACUGGUCACAACCAUCUUAUAUCAUCUGAUGUCCAAGAGCUCGUACAAGUGCCAAAGGUUUCAAGAUGGAAAAGGGCUUCUUAGCAGUUCAGUGUUUUUGGAUGUGCAGUCAGUACAUAUGGGAUUUUGUCUACUUUUGUACCCAACCUUGUAGCAUUAACACCAUUGAAUGUAACAAAAACUCACCUUCAAUUGAUGAAUUCAUUCUUGUUUAAUAUCA